AAAGCACUGGCUCAGAUCUCACCAAGUCUGUGCCCUUAGAGCCUCAUUUCCCACCCACGGACGAGCAAACUGACACCCCAAGAGGUCACUGAGGGAGUGACUCUCCGGCCUUCAAGACCUGAGUCUGUUUUGUGUGGCCUGUCCCAAACCAGAAGAUCAGGGACCUCCCCUAGGAUUCCACCCCCUUCCCUUGCCCUCCACCCACCCUUCCCCUACCCCGGGGCAUCAUGCUCUCCCAAACUUGGGGGUCCAGGAAGGCUGGGAGUGUUCCAUUUGACAUCACAGAGCCGGUUGCCACGGGAGACGUGCAGACCCAAGCAGGGGAGAGCAGAGCCCUGCUGCACAGGAGGCCCAGCAGCUCCUCCCCCACCACGCUGGCCCUCCAUGGAAGCCUUGAUGCAGUGAGCUGGGCCCGAGGACAUCCCAGCCACCCCGACACGCCACCCAACAUCUACGAGGGGGGCCUGGGGGCCCAGCAGCAGUGCCCCGGUGCCCAGGGAAGCAAGCCCAAGAACUUCCGGCUGCGCCACCUCCGGGGCCUGGGUCUCUACCUGCCGAGCCACAUGCAGCCCGCCGGCCAGGGUGAGAGCCACUGGCUGGGCCAGCUCAUGGCCAGGGGCUGCCUCCCACCGCCCGAGGGGAUGGCCUGGCCCCUAGACCUGCCACAUGGGACUUUGGGCCCAGGGGACAGCCACCGCUCAGUUCUUCUGGAAACUCAAGUGCCUGGGGACAGCCUGGAAAAUCCAGCUUCCAGUUCCAGCGUGGACCCGGCCAAGGGUGCCCCCUCCCAGCCUGGUCCGCCAGAAGGCUUGGGGCUCAGGCCGAAGAGGUCCUGGGGGGCCUCAGAGGAGUCCACAUGUCCCUUGUGCAAGAGAACCCGCUCUGGGGCUCUGGAGAGACCAUAGGGAUCUGAUGGCAGGACUGGCUGUCCCAGCUCAGGACGGGAGAGGAAAGGAUGGCUCAGGAGAGGGAGGCAGGUCCAGAGAGGAAGGGCUCAGCCCCCACCAGGAGUCACCCCACAGAGACACCCCAGCAGCU